GAUUUUACGUACAGAAGAGUACCCACAGCCGCGCGCGGCGUCUAUUCGAUCCACACGUGACCAGCUUCGCACUGCGCCCUGCGGCAGAUGAUGCGCACACGCCACGAGCAGCUAGGCCAUGGACCUCGACCUCGCCCUGCAAGAGACCCGGCAGGCCGUCGCCGGCCAAGACUUCGCCUUCACCACCACCGAGACCGACGACGCCUUCCUCGUCCUCGCCCACCUCCCAGGGUAUGACAAGGAUGCGAUCGAGGUCCGCGUCCGCGACGGCGGCAGGGAGAUCCGCGUCGACGUGGGCGCGCGGAAGGACGGCGCCGGGCUCGCCGUGGAGGCGGCGCGCGCUGGGGCGCGGCUGCGGGUGGCGCACCGGCGGGCGGUGGAUGGUUUCCGCCGGGCGUUCGACGUGCCAGCCGGCGCCGACGUGGGCCGGGUCACCGUCGGGUUCGAGGAGGACGACGAGCUGCUCGUCAUCAUCAUGCCCAAGCUGCGGCAGCUGCAGGCCUCCCCGGCGGAGGACGAGGCGCGCGUCGACGUCGAGAGCACGGACUACGAGUGCGCGUCGUCGGACGGGACGGAGGUGGAGCUCGACGACGACGGGUCGUCGUCCACUAGCUUGGAGCUGGAGCAGGAGGAUUGGAUCGACGUCGACGGCGAUUCGUCGGGGUCCGAGGCUGAGCCACCUCGAGACGUGCCGGUGGAGACGCCCGUGGCGAUACAGGAGGACGUGCCCGUGGAGACGCUCGUGGAGGUACAUGGCCCGGAUCCCGUAAUCACGGACGUGGCGGUGGAGGCGCCGGUGGCGGUCGAGGAGGAGGAGGAGCCUCCGGUGCUGGACAUCGAGUGCGACGUCGUGUUCGACGUCCCGGCGUACACCGAGCUGCCGGUGGAGACGCCGAUCGAAGUGCUCGGGCCCGACCCAUCGGCCGACGACGUGGCGGAGCCCGCGGUCGACAUCCCGUGUGACGUCGAGUUCGAGCCGGAGCCCCGGAGCCCGCCGGUCGAGACGCCGCCCGAUGUCAUCGAGGAGCCCAAGCCACCGCCCGCCGUAGAACCACCCGCUGAAGAGCCACAUGAAGACCCACCACCGACUGAGGUGCCACCAUCUGUCGAGGAGCCUCCGGCGCCGGUCGACCCGCCCGUGGAACCGCCACCCAUGGUGGAGCCGCCUGCCGAAGAGCCACCGAUUGAGGAGCCUCCGGCGUCGGUCGACCCGCCCGUGCAACCGCCACCCGCCGAAGAGCCAUCGGUGGAUCCACCACCGGUUAAGGAACCACCACCCACGGAGGAGCCUCCGCCGCCGGUGGAACCACCGGUGGAACCGCCACCCAUGGUGGAGCCGCCUGCCGAAGAGCCACCGAUUGAGGAGCCUCCGGCGUCGGUCGACCCGCCCGUGCAACCGCCACCCGCCGUAGAGCCAUCGGUGGAUCCACCACCGGUUAAGGAACCACCACCCACGGAGGAGCCUCCGCCGCCGGUGGAACCACCGGUGGAACCGCCACCCAUGGUGGAGCCACCCGCCGAAGAGCCGUCGGUGGACCCACCAUCAGUUGAGGAGCGACCACCCACGGAGGAGCCUCCGCCGCCGGUCGAACCACCGGUGGAACCGCCACCCAUGGUGGAGCCACCCGCCGAAGAUCCGUCGGUGGACCCACCAUCAGUUGAGGAGCCACCACCCACGGAGGAGCCUUUGCCGUCGGUCGAAGCACCCGUGGAACCGCCACACACGGAGGAGCCACUCGCCGAAGAGCCGCCGGUGGAUCCACCACCGGUUCAGGAGCCACAACCCGUGGACCCAACACCGGUCCGAGAGCCACCUAGUGCACCAGCAGAGGCAAAGCCAUCUGAUGGCAGUGAUGAAUCGAAUAGUAGCGCGGGCGAGGACAACGGCGAGGAGGGCGGGAACAAGGGUAGGCGACGCGGCGGCCGGAGGGGACGACGGAGGCGCAAGGGGCGUGGGAGGUUCCCGAUGGGCAUGGUGGUUGCUCCUGCCGUGAUCCUGCUCGCCCUCGCAGUGGCCGUGGCCAAGAGACGGCGGCAGCAGCGCGGGGGUUGAGCAUCGAUGUGGCUCGUCUCGUGCGUUUGUGUAACCCAUGAUGUAUAGGACUGAUUUUUUCGUUUGAUUUUUGGGUGAAUUUUAAUUUUUAGUCUGUAGUUGUACAUUU